AUGGGGAUCCCGUGCGCUCUCAGAUGGGGUGGAGGGUUAAGGAGAAAACUCCACAUCCAGCAAGCAGAACAAAGCGACUGCCGGAGCUCUCAAGAUGCACCCGGCUUGGGAGGCCCAACUGGUAUCCCGACACCUCAGGCUGGUUUCGGGUUUGGGGAGCCAUCAAAACAAGAACGCUCGGCGGCUUCCGCCAGCGCGAGGAGGAGGGGACGACUCCGGGCACUGGGCAAGACCCAGAGGCACAGCCGCGGCGGCGGCGGCGGCGGCAGGGCAGGCCCGGUCGAGCCCGCUGGAGCUGCCCGCAGCCUGGCCUGCCUGCGCAGUAAUGGCCGGGGCCGCGCCCGUCACAGUCCGGGCUGCGCCAGCUCGGCCUCCCUCCGCGCGCCCGUCCGGGCCGCGCUGGCCAAGGGCGUCCCCGUCCUACCGGCCCCCGACCCGCCGCCGCCCGCCGCGGACUCCGAGCGCCGCCUCGCAGCCAACGAAGCCGCAGUGCCCCGCCGAGGCCCGCAGCCCACGGCCCCCCGCGCUCCUCACCGGUCCGGCCCGGAGCCCACCUCUCGGCCGCCGCCGCAGCCACCUCGCAGUCUUUUCUCCUCCGCUUCGGAGCCCGCAGCGGACGGGGACGCGCGCGGCCGUCACGUGACCGCCCGGCGCUCAAGGGGCGGGGCCGCGCCGGCGGAAGCCACGCCCCCUCACCGUGAUCCCGCGCGCGGCGGCCCUGGCUGGCGGUCCCCACGCUGGCUGCUGCUCUUCUCUGUCCCUUGCUGCGACCGGGCUGCUCCUUGUCCCUGUUCCGGUCCUCCCUCACCCUCUGCGUGGCGCAUCUUGUGGCCUCCUGGUUCUGAACUGGUGGAGGUCCAUCUAGGUGGCUUGUGGGAGGAAGCUAGACCUUCAGUACCAGGAAGAAGAGCCUUUCCAAAACUCAGCCUUGGGUCAAGUCCUAUGUUUCCUUUGGCCGUGCCCUUGGAGAGACUACCGCUUGUUCCUUAUACAAAAAAGGCACAAGAAAAGUCACGGCGUGGACUGGAUGGUCCCCGAGAUGCUCCAAUUUAUUCACCUCACAAAUGGCCAGAUAUGUAAUGGGAGAGGGGGUGUGCUGGGGUGUCUUUUAAACCCUAACAGCAUAGGAAGCUAGAAGAAGAAAUCGUCCCGCGAAUCUAGAAUAAAUUUCAUGGGUUAGUUUUAUGGCAAGCA